GUCGCUGGCGCGGCGCCGCUGGGCCCUGGCGCGGCCGGUGCGGUCCGAUGUCGGCGCCGUGCCGAUGCAGCAACUGGGCAUCCAUCGGGCGUGUGCGUUGUGUCCUCGGCGAGGGCCAUCGAGAAGUGCGCUCGAUGGCGCAGGGCGCGCCUCGGGCUGCUGAACGAGCGGGCGGAGGAGGGCGACGUGCGGGGCGCGGAGGAGGCGCUGCGCGGCAUGGAGGCCGAGGUGCCGGUCGGCAAGCGGACCCUCGUGCUGAACACCAUGCUGAAGGCGUGCGCGAACAGCGGGGACGUGCCGGCGGCCGGGCGGUGGUACGCGCACAUGCGCAGGGAGGGCGUGAGGGUCAACGUCAAGACGCUGGGCAAAAUGAUCGAGGCUGCGAGCAAGGGUGGCCGCGCCGACCUGGCCGAGUCCUGGCUGGAGAGGUCGCUGGAGGGGGCCGCCGCGGCCGACGCGGUGGUCCUCGUGAACAUGGUGGUGGCCGCACUCGCGCGGGCGUCGGAGGCGGGCCGGGCCGCGGCCUGGCUCGGGCGCGUGCGCGGCUGCGGGCUGCCGGCCGACGCCCGGAGCUACAACGCCGUGAUCCACGCCUGCGCCACGCGUCCGCCGCGGGCGAGGCGGUGGCGUGGCUGCGGCGGAUGGAGGCGGCCGCGCUGACGCCAGACGGCGCGUCCGUGCGCGGCGUCGCGGGCGCCCUCGCGGGCGCGGGCCGCUUCGGGGAGGCGCAGGAGUGGCUCGACGGCUCCGCGCGCGCGGGCGCCUCGGCGGGCACGGAGGGGCACAACGCCGUGGCGAGCGCGCUGGCGCGCGCGGGGCGGGCCGAGGAGGCCGUGGCGGCCGUCUCGCGCAUGGAGCGGAGCCGCCUCGCGCUGGACGUGCUCUCCUACACAGCCUCGCGGCCGCGUGCGCGGCGCACGGGCGGGCGGAGGAGGCGGCCGACUGGCUCCGCCGGAGCAGGGCUGCGAGGGUCGAGCCCGACGCGGUGCUGUACACGAGCGUCGUGAGCGCCUGCGCGCGCGCAGGGAAGCCGGCGGAGGCGGAGGCCUGGCUCCGCACGAUGGAGCGCUCGAGGCUGCGGCCCGACGUCGUCGCCUACUCCAGCGUGGUGGGCGCGUGGGCGCGGGCCGGGCGAGCGGACCUCGCCGUGGAGUGGCUGCGCGGCAUGGAGCUGGCGCGGGUGAAGCCGAACGUCGUCUCGCACUCGAGCGUCCUCCACGCCUUCGCGCGGGCGUCGGACACGCGCAGCGCGGCCGACUGGCUCCUCCGCAUGGGCCGGGCGGCCGUCAGGGCCAACGUGCUGUCGUACAACAGCCUCAUCAACUCGUGCGCCGAGGCGGGCGACCCUGCGGCGGCCGCGGCCUGGCUGUCCGAGAUGAGUGCUGCAGUGGUGGAGCCCGACAGCAUCUCGUACAACAGCGUGGUCAAGGCCCACGCCGGCGCCGGGCUGGCCGCCGGAGCUUUCGAGUGGCUGUGCGAGAUGGAAGUGGCCCGGCUCGCCCCAAACGCUGCCACGUACACCGCCGCGCUGGGCGCGUGUGCGCGCACCAAGGGCGCGGAAGGCUCCCGCGUCGCGGGAGAGGUCUUGCAGCAUUUGCACUGCAGUCGCCUGUGCCCCGACGGUGGGCUCAAGAGGCUCAUGGCGCGGGUGAGCGUGAGAGGCGGCCCCACGAAUUGCGAGAGGCGAGCGCUGUCUGGACCAUGUCCUCCCCCGCAUCGUCUUCCACGUGCCCCCCAGUUCCCUCCUCCCCAGGCCCCCUGCCCGAGAAGGACAGCAGCGGACCGCCGCUACGCCUGCGGAGCGGGGGCACAAGCUUGGCGCAGAGAG